AUGGAUGCCGCUAAAACAACUCAACUCAGACACUUUAUUGAUCAGUGCAAGACUGACCCUUCUAUUCUCCACUCCCCAUCUCUUGCUUUCUUCAAAACUUAUCUUCAAAGCCUAGGUGCUCGAGUUCCUCCAGAGACAAAAUCGGAGAAAGGUGAUAUUGACAUGUCUGACCCUGGGGAAUACUCUGAUUCGAAAAGGCCAAUUGAAGAGGAUGAUGAGAUUGUCGAGUCUGAUAUUGACUUGGAUAAUACUGAUGUUGUGGGACCUGAUAAUGAUCCUCCAUCAAAGAUGGGGGACCCUGCAGUUGAAGUUACAGAAGAAAAGCGGGAUGCUGCUCAAACCGAAAAAUCAAAAGCUAUAGAUGCAAUAUCUGAAGGUAAGCUGGAUGAAGCCAUAGAUCAUUUAACAGAAGCCAUCAUGUUGAAUCCAACUUCGGCUAUAUUGUAUGCCACACGAGCUAGUGUCUUUGUUAAACUGAAGAAACCUAAUGCUGCAAUUCGUGAUGCUGAUGCUGCUCUGGUGAUCAAUCCAGACUCUGCAAAAGGAUAUAAAGUACGAGGUAUGGCCAGAGCCAUGCUGGGCCAAUGGGAACAGGCAGCAAGAGACCUUCAUGUGGCAUCGAAGUUGGAUUAUGAUGAUGAGAUUGGUUCAGUGCUGAAAAAGGUUGAACCUAAUGCGCACAAAAUUGAAGAGCAUCAUAGAAAAUAUAAACGCCUGCGACAAGAAAGGGAGCUAAAGAAAGCUGAGCGUGAGAAAAAACAACGCGCUGAAGCUCAAGAAAAAGAAGCCUUAUCUGCUCUGAAGGAAGGGCAAGUUAUAGGCAUUCAUUCUACCAAGGAACUAGAUCCCAAAUUGAAUGCUGCGUCAAAAACUUCCCGCCUUGCAAUCCUGUACUUCACAGCAUCGUGGUGUGGACCAUGUCGUAUGGUUGCUCCCAUUUUCACAAGCUUAGCUACAAAGUAUCCGAAAGUUGUUUUCUUGAAAGUUGACAUAGAUGAGGCAAGAGAUGUGGCUGCACGCUGGAAUAUCAGCAGUGUUCCUACCUUCUACUUCAUAAAGAAUGGCAAGGAGAUUGACAAGGUUGUGGGGGCAGAUAAAAAUGGACUGGAAAGGAAGGUUGAACAGCAUGCAUGCUAG